GCAUCAAUGGGACCGGGCCUGGUUGCGCCGGUCUUGUGUGGGACUUCCCUCUUGAGCCGGUAGCUAAUCUCUCGCCUACCCGAUUGCGUAUAGUCACACUUCUUCGUAUCCUUCCUCGCUUGCCUCAGUCUCCUCCUGUUCCAUCGUCUUGAUCUUGCGACCCUCGUCAUGUCCGUCCCUGCCAACCCGCCUACGGGUCCUCAAAUCCUCGAGUCGCCUCAUGCUGCACUGCCAGGCAAAGUGCCCCGCGGACUCAACCUAGCCACCUUCGUCCAGAGCAAUCCUUCCAAUGUGCCCUCCUCAAAGAUCGCCUUCGUCUCCGCCCUCGAUCCUUCGCACAAGCUGACUCGAGCAGAGCUCUUCCAAUCCGGACACGAGCUGGCAUGGAGUCUGCGCAAUGUGGCGAAAUUACAGAAGAGGGAUCGCGUGGCAAUCUUUACGAGCAACAAUCUCUGGUACCCAGUCUUGGUGCAUGCAAAUCUUCUCGCUGGACUGGUGAGCGUCACGCUCAACCCAGCUUACACGGCUGAGGAGUUGGCUCACCCGCUGGCGGAUGCAAAGCCCAAGGUCAUCUUCACUACGACGGACCUAGUGGGGACUGUGAGGGAAUCGGCGAAACAUGCUGGCUGGAAGGGAGAGAUCUUCGUUGUAGACCGUGAAGAAGGAAAAGGCUCAGAGACGCACGUCAACCAGCUGAUGACCAAGGCCAAGGGGCAGAGUUUCAAGGCAGAAUGGAUCGAAGAGCCCGAGAAGGAGGACGCCUUCAUCGGCUACAGCUCGGGUACGUCUGGCAAGCCCAAGGGGGUCCAGCUCACACACGCCAAUCACAUUCAGCUCUGCAAAAUGAUGAUCCCAGGCAGGCACGGCGACCUUUCCCCAGAUGAUGUGGGGCUGGCAUUGCUACCCUUCCAGCACAUCUUUGCCCUCUUCCACUCUCUCAUCUUCGACCUCUGGUUUGGCGUGACGGUAAUCGUAGUUCCGCGCUUCAGCCUCAAGGAGUGCUUGGGGUACAUCCAGAAGUUCAAGGUGACAAAGGUCGAAGUGGUUCCACCUAUUGUACUACUGCUGGCUAAAGAUCGCCUGGUAGACGAGUAUGAUUUGAGCUCCCUCAAGUGGCUCAUCAGUGGUGCUGCACCCCUCUCGGCCGAUCUGAGCGAUCAGGUCGAGAAGCGACUCAACACCUCUGCCAAGGGCGGCAAGCUGACCAUUGUCCAAGGGUAUGGACUCACCGAGACGGCUCCGAGCUUGACAGCUGGUGCUGUAGCAGACUAUCACGAGCACAAGGGCUCCAUUGGUGUUCUCUUUCCCAAUAUCCAAGCUCGCCUGGUGGACCCAGACACGGGAUUGGACGUUGCCUUUGAGAUCGAUGCCAAUACCUCCGAGGGCGCAUCGAAGAAGAGGAGCAAGCCUGGAGAGCUCUGGGUGAGGGGUCCGAGUAUCAUGAAGGGCUACCUGAAUCGGCCUGAUGCUACUGCGGAGGCCAUCGACAAGGAGGGGUAUUUCCACACGGGUGAUAUUGCGAUUGUGGAAGAUGGCAAGCACCUGUAUAUUGUCGAUCGGUUAAAGGAGCUGAUCAAGUACAAGGGUUUCCAAGUGGCGCCCGCAACGCUCGAGUCCCUCCUUCUAUCCCACCCAAAGGUAGCCGACUGUGCUGUUAUUCCGCUCCAUUCUAAGGAGCAAGCCACCGAGCUCCCCUUGGCCUUCAUCGUCCCCUCUCCUUCUAGCUCGGGCUCAUCUCAAAGCGCGUCUGAGCUAGCCAAGGAGGUACAAGAGUGGGUCGCAGGUCGAGUCGCCAAUCACAUGAAGCUGAGGGGAGGUGUGAGGGUGAGGGAAGAGAUUCCCAAGAGUCCUUCAGGGAAGAUUCUGAGGAGGGUUCUGAGGGAUGAGAUUAAGAAGGAGUUGGAGGAGGGGGAGAAGGGAGCGGCUCCCAAGGCGAAGCUGUGAAGAGGUGGGACUGCUGCUACUGAGAGGCUGCGUGCCUUUUUGCAAUAACAUCUUCGUACACUACAUUCCUACAGAGCGACAAUGGA